GAGCUCGUGAGGAUUAGAGACACGUACUUCUGUGUGUGGUCUGGUCGGGGCGUCAUCAACAUCAUCUAGUCAUGGAUUCUAAAAGUGUUCGGGAGAAGAUGCUUGAAGCUUGCUUGGCACGGAAGAAGGCAAGGGAAGCUGCUGAAUCUGCCGCAGCUGCUGUAAAUUUGAACCAACCCUCGAAAGAUCCCCCGAUUCUGCCAGAGGCUGCUGAGGCCAAGUCUAUGACUACGCCUUCGGAAGAGCCUCUUUCGACUGAGCAUUCUGGAGAGCCUACUUCAACUGAGCAAUCUGGAGAGCCUACUUUAACUGAGCAAUCUGGAGAGCCUACUUCAACUGAGCAUCCUGGAGAGCCUACUUCAACUGAGCAUUCUGGAGAGCCUCAUUUGACUCAGCCUUCUGUAGAACUUGCCAUGUCAGAGCCCAACAAGCCUACUUGGACUCAUCCGGAGCAGAAUAUUGAAAGGUCUUUGGCUCUGUCUCACGCGACAUCACGGAAAUCCUCAACCGAGCAGUUUUCAAAUGAGGUCUCUAAGCCUGCUGUGCCUCCGUCAGUUGUAUUCAACUUUUUUGGUCUUGGUUCUGGUGCCUCUUCAGACAACACUUUUAAUGCUUUGAUGCCUUUCUUGCAAGGGCUGGGAUUGCCUGUGCCACCACCCUCAACCCACACCUCAGUCCAGGCCCCAGUGCAGAAAAAGCAUUCCAAGAUUGUGGAGGUGGUUGACUCACCUGCAGCAGUGCCUACAGCAACUGUGGCUGAAACGCCUGCAGCAGCACCUACAGCAACUGUGGCUGAAACGCCUGCAGCAGCGCCUACAGCAACUGUGGCUGAAACGCCUGCAGCAGUGCCUACAUCAUCUAGUGCUGAAUCGUCAGUUGACCCUGGGUGGCAAGACGAGGCAGCGGCUGUUGUUGAUCUUACCACACCUAAGAACUCUCCAGUCCGAGCCCCUUCCCCAGACUUCAACUAUCUGAUGGAUUUUGAUGAUGAUGAAGAUACGGCCAUGGAUGAACCAGAUGAACCGGACUUCCUUCCACCAAGGGCCAUGGGGCCAAUUUUGCCUCCUACUGUGCCGCGACCCAAGAGGUCUCUGUCCUUAGCAGGAAGAGCUUCCAGUGGAACUUCCAGUAGCACUUCCAGUGGCACUUUCAGUGGCCUUUUCAGUGGCCUUUUCAGUGGCACUUCCAGUGGUACUUCCAGUGGUACUUCCAGUGGUACUUCCAGUGGUACUUCCAGUGGCACUUCUAGUGGAUACUCUUCUAAAGACCUAGGGGCUUUGCUAGCCAAAUUCCGGAGCACUACAUCUACAGCAGCACCAGGCCCAAGCUGUGCGUCUCAGGCUCAACAGGCUGCUGGCCCAAGCUGGGCAGCAGCGGUUUCACCCCCGGUUGCUGCAACUCUCUUUAAUGAACCUACUGCGGCCCCUGCUGCCCCUGCUGCUAUUCAGGAACCAGCAACUCCGCCUGCUGAUCCCGACCUCCCCCCUGGCUACAGUUGUCCGGUAUGCUUGUCAAGCAGGUUUGAGGUGAUUCUCCGCUGCAAACACAUGUUUUGCUUGGCAUGUGUCAGAAGGAUGAUGCAAACUCGUCCCUCCAAGUGCGCUGUGUGUCAGCGCAACUUUAGAAAAUAUGACAAAGUCUUCACCGGCUAGGAGGUUCCUAAUAUAACUUGCUUAUAUCUUUGAUCAGGGAUGUGCAGUUAGGGUGUUAGGGUGGCUAGGGGCCUUUUCUGGUUUAAAAUCUCAUCUUUGGCAGCCUAAUCUAAAUUAAUCUCUUCCAAAUUACUUCAAAGCAGCACUUUUUAGGGAACCCUAUGCAGUCAGUUUAGUUGCAGGCUGUCACCUUGAUAGUCUGCAAGUGAACUGGCUGAUUUUUUUAAAAUAUUUUUUUUUUAAGUCUUUAACUCUUGAACUACUUACGAUCACGAACUGCUGUUAAAUUUCAAAGUCCUGCUCGCUAACCUUAGGGUGGGGGGUCCAUAAGUGAAGGUGAUUCACUUCCCCUAGAGCAGGCAUUCGGGCUCUUGCUCCGGGGUGGGGCCUGGAGGAAGCCAAGGGUUAACACCCCUUGGUGAUCUGUUACCCUACCAGUGGCCUCCAGGCGCCUCACACUAACGCCACCCAGAGUCGAUGGAGAAGAGUAACCAUUCAAUAGUCAAACCCCUAGCCAAACAAUUUAAGUCUCCGGACACGUUAGUUUUCUUCUUCCUAACUGUACAUCUCUGUAUCUAUUUUCUUACCUUCUUUUCGUUUCUUUCACUCUUUGUUUUUUAAAGGGUGCGAGUGAUUUUGUGACAUGUAUUCUGAAAAAUUUAGCUUGAUGAUUUUGAUCUCUCUGUUGAGUUCUAAGUAUUCUUUAUUCUGACUUGUAGCCCUAAGUGAUGGCUUCCACUUGUUCCAAUAGUUGCGAGUGUUUUCUUUUAACCUGUAUUCUGAUAUCUUUAGCUUGAUGAUUUUGAUCUCUCUGUUGAGUUUUAAGUAUUGUUUAUCCAGACUUGUAGCCCUAAGUGAUGGCUUGCAAUUUUCCCAAUAGUUGCGAGUGAUUUUGUGACCUGUAUUCUGAAAAAUUUAGCUUGAUGAUUUUGAUCUCUCUGUUGAGUUUUAAGUAUUGUUUAUCCAGACUUGUAGCCCUAAGUGAUGGCUUGCAAUUUUUCCAAUAGUUGCGAGUGAUUUUGUGACCUGUAUUCUGAAAAAUUUAGCUUGAUGAUUUUGAUCUCUCUGUUGAGUUUUAAGUAUUGUUGGCUGAGCGAUAGCGAAGCCCUUGCCGUGUUUGGGCGCUCCAAAAAGUGACUGGUCGUGAGUCUGUCUGUCCGUCUCUCUGUCUGUAUGUAAUCACUCACGUU